CAGGUGAGUUUGAGGAGGUCCUCCAGGUGAUAAGGCUGGCAGUGUUACUAGAGUUACUAAACACAGAACAAGAUGGAGCACAGGGAGCAGGUGGAUGGUGACACCGUUUUAUAAAGCAUGUGGCCUCUGAAGGAUGAUGAAAUGAGUCACUCUGGGGAGAAAGAGAAGGGGGCCACUGACUUGAACAUGAGCCUGUUUGGAGAACAUGACAUGAACACCAAAACUAAGAGCCCAAUCCAGCAGGAGAGAGCAGCCUCACCUGUACCCAGCUGUGUGUCCAUGAAGAGUAACUGGUCUAUGGAGGCACCUGUUGUGUUCGGAGACAACCAUAUUACUACUGAACCAAGCAUCCGACAGGAGAGACCAGCCUCACCUGUACCCAGCUGUGUGUCCAUGAAGAGUAACUGGUCUAUGGAGGCACCUGUUGUGUUCGGAGACAACCAUAUUACUACUGAACCAAGCAUCCGACAGGAGAGACCAGCCUCACCUGUACCCAGCUGUGUGUCCAUGAAGAGUAACUGGUCUAUGGAGGCACCUGUUGUUUUCGGAGACAAACAUAUUACUACUGAACCAAGCAUCAGACAGGAGAGAGCAGCCUCACCUGUACCCAGCUGUGUGUCCAUGAAGAGUGACUUGUCUGUGUGUCAACCUGUUGCAUUCAGAAACAAAGACAUUCCUACUGAACAAGGAUGCGAGUGUCAGAGGAACAGUAACCAGAAUGUGCUCAAAGGAACACUGCAGAGAAAUCCUUUGGAUGAGCUGGGUCUGGAACUCAAAUCAGAACUGAAGAGAAAGUUUCAAACUGUGAUUGAGGGAAUCGAUCAACAUGGAAACCCAACUCUUCUCAGUGACAUCUACACAGAUCUCUACAUCACAGAGGGGGAGAGUGGAGAGGUCAAUUAUGAACAUGAGGUGAGACAUAUUCAAACAGCAUUCAGGAAGUCGGCAAGACAAGAGACACCCAUCAAAUACAAUGACAUCUUUAAACCCUCAGCUGGACGAGACACACCAGAACACACCAUCAGAACUGUUCUAACAAAGGGAGUGGCUGGAAUUGGAAAAACAGUUUCUGUGGCACAGUUCAUCAUGGACUGGGCUGAUGGAAAAGCCAACCAGGAAAUCCAGCUCAUCUUCCCGCUCCCGUUCCGAGAACUGAAUUUGAUGGCCGGAGAAGAGAUCAGUCUGAUUGGACUGCUUCGUCCCUUCUCUGCAGGAUUCACAGAAACGGGGAUCUUCAUCCGUGACGCACGCAGCAUUCUGUUUGUCUUCGACGGUCUGGAUGAGUGCCGACUCCCUUUAGCCUUCACAGAUAACAGGAGCCAGAGUGACAUCACAGAGUCCACCUCAGUGGAUGUGCUGCUGACCAACCUCAUCCAGGGGAAACUGCUUCCCUCUGCUCUCGUCUGGAUAACCACUCGACCUGCAGCAGCCAAUCAGAUCCCUUCUGAGUGUGUUGACCUAGUAACGGAGAUAAGAGGGUUCAAUGACCCACAGAAGGAGGAGUACAUCAUGAAGAGAUGCCGGGAUGAGGAUAUGGCCAGGAGAAUCAUCUCACACAUCAAGACAUCAAGAAGUCUUUACAUCAUGUGCCACAUACCCGUCUUCUCUUGUAUUUCUGUUACAGUCCUUGAACACAUGCUGAGAUCAGAGAAGAGGGGCAAGAUGCCCAAGACCCUGACUGAGAUGUACACACACUUCCUGUUGUUGCAGACCAAACAGAAGAAAGUGAAGUAUCAGAAGAAAACUGAGGCAGAUGCAGACUGGGAUGAAGAGAGCAUUCGGAGCAUUCUGUCACUGGGAAAACUGGCUAUUCAACAGCUGGACAAAGGCAAUCUGAUUUUCUAUUGGGAGGACCUGAGAGAGUGUGAAAUUGAUGUCUGUGAUGCCUCAGUGUACUCAGGAGUGUUCACACAGAUCUUCAGAGAGGAGAGUCAGAUCUUCCAGGAGAAGGUGUUCUGCUUUGUCCAUCUGAGCUUUCAGGAGUUUCUGGCUGCUGUGUUUGUAUCAUUCAUCAUCAACAACAAGAAUCCAAUGGCUGAACAUCAAACCCUUUGCGGCACAAUGCUGACUUUCUUGAAUAUACCUGCCACCCCACCCGAGUCUUUCUACAAGAGUGCUGUGGACAAGGCCUUGCAGAGCAAGAAUGGACAGCUGGACCUUUUCCUCCGCUUCCUCCUGGGCCUCUCAUUGGAGUCCAAUCAGAAGCUCCUCCGAGGCCUGCUGAGACAGACAAGCAGCAGCUCACUGAGCCACCAGGAGACCGUCAGGUACAUCAAGGAGAAGAUCAGGGAGAAUCCCUCUCCAGAGAGAUGCAUGAAUCUGUUCCACUGUCUGAAUGAACUCAAUGACCGUUCUCUAGUUAAUGAGAUCCAAUACUACCUGAGGUCAGGAAGUCUCUCCAGUGAGAACCUCUCAUCUACACAGUGGUCAGCUUUAGCCUUUGUGUUGCUGACUUCAGAAGAGAAGCUUGAUGUGUUUGACCUGAAGAAAUACUCUAGAUCAGAGGAAGGUCUAAUGGGGCUGCUGCCAGCGGUCAAAGCCUCCAGAAAUGCUCUGCUGAAUGACUGUAACCUCUCAGAAAGGUGCUGUGAAGCGCUAGCCUCAGCGCUUUCCUCCUCAGAUCUUAGAGAACUGGACCUGAGUAGCAACGACCUGGGGGAUUCAGGCGUGAAGCUGCUCUCUGCUGGACUGGAGAGUCCUCUCUGCAAACUGGAGACACUUAGGCUGAAUUACUGUAACCUCUCAGAACGGUGCUGUGAAGCGCUAGCCUCAGCGCUUUCCUCCUCAUCAGAUCUUAGAGAACUGGACCUGAGUAGCAACGACCUGGGGGAUUCAGGCGUGAAGCUGCUCUCUGCUGGACUGGGGAGUCCUCUCUGCAAACUGGAGACACUUAGGUUGUCAGGCUGUCUGGUCAGAGAGGAAGGCUGUGUUUUUCUGACCACAGCCCUGAGUUCCAACCCCUCCACUCUGAGGGAACUGGACCUGAGCUACAAUCACCCAGGAGAUAAAGGAUUGAAGCUACUCUCUGCUGGACUGGAAAAACUCAACAUAGAUCAUGGUGGAGAGGAGAGGAUACGUCCUGUGCCCAGGAGAUAUGCCUGUGAGGUCACACUGGACCCAAACACAACAGACAGAUUCCUCUUUCUGUCGGAGGAAAACCGAAAGGUGACACGGAGGAGAGAUGAGCAGCCGUAUCCUGAUCACCCAGAUAGAUUUGUCAACUGGCCACAGGUGCUGUGUAGAGAGGGUCUGUCUGGUCGCUGUUACUGGGAGGUAGAGUGCUGUGGAGGAGGAGUCUCUGUAGGAGGAACGUAUAAAGGCAUCAUCAGGAAAGGAAAAGGUGAAGACUGUUGGCUCGGACACAAUGACGUGUCCUGGAGUCUUGUCUGUGAUGGGAAGAGUUACUGUGUCUGGCACAACAAAAAGAGCACCGACAUACCUGUCUCCCCCUCGGGCUCCCACAGAGUAGGAGUGUAUCUGGACUGGCCGGCCGGCACUCUGUCCUUCUACACAGUCUCCUCUGACACACUGACCCACCUGUACACAUUCCACACCACAUUCACUGAGCCCUUCUAUCCAGGGUUUUGGGUUAGGUUUGACUCCUCAGUGACCCUGUGUCCAGUAGAAUAGCCUCCCUGGUCCUCAGAGCUGCAUUCUCACACUCAUGUAACUGUCACAAGAGGCUAUGUCUGCAGUGGUCGGUUUUAGGAAUGCACUUUCUAAUGUAAAGUUUGCAACUGAAUACUAAGUAGAGAUCAAUUACUUUAGCUCUCAUUAUUCAUUUUCCAAAUGUACCUGUUGAUAGUUCUACCAGAUUGGUAGUCACAACAUACAGUAUGAUACUAUAUCCCACCUACUGUAGGUCAAUUACAUACAUAUACUCUGUAGAUCUAUCAGGUCUCAUAUGGCUGUAAAGGCCACCACACGACAGGCAAGCAACGUCACCUGGAUAUGUUACAUUGUACUGCGUAUGUUCAAAUGACAAAUACAGCACACUUGAACUUGUGUGUUGCUUGUUUGUGUUUGUUUGUGUUGGAUUGUUUGUACAACUUGACAAAUAAAGCAAACCUGGACCUGUG